AUGGCUGCCAAAGUCGGUGCUUCCCUCGCUCUUUUUAGUUCGGUCUCUUCGGUUGUGAAAAAAGUGGCUGCAAGCAUUACGAAAUCCACAACUAGCAGUAGUACUACCGCUACAACUUCUUCCACCACCGCCGCCACCACAACGUCCUCAUCCUCGACCUCGAGUAGCUCUUCGAGUUCAACCGUCUUCUCUGCCCUUGGAAACCUCGUGAAGCUCCUCCCUGCGGGGACGGUCUUCCUCUUCCAGUUUCUCAGCCCCAUCACGACCAACAAUGGGAGUUGCAGCGCCGGUAACAAGGCCAUGACUGCCAUCCUCAUUGCUGUAUGCGGGAUCUCCUGCUUCAUAUCUUCCUUCACCGACAGUUACAAGAGCUCCGAUGGUUCCACCCAUUAUGCGAUCGUGACCUUCUCAGGCUUGUGGCCCAGCUCCUCCUCCUCCUCCUCAUCAUCAUCAUCUUCAAGUACGAGCCUGUCCUCAUACCGGCUCCACUUCGCAGACUUUGUCCAUGCUUUCAUGACUGUUAUAAUUUUCGCAGUCCUCUCGCUUCUCGACACGAACACUGUCAAUUGCUUCUACCCAUCGUUCUUGUCGACGGAGAAGACCAUCAUCCUGGUCUUGCCCACUGUGAUUGGCUCAAUCUCGAGCACAGUCUUCGUGCUAUUUCCCAGCAGUCGCAAUGGGGUUGGGUCAGCCAGCAGCACCAGUUCAAGUUCCGUUUCGAGCGAGACUUCCUCCGGAAACACAUCAUCUUCAGCAUAA